AUGUUUUGUAUUGCACAUGGAAUUCAUAAUUUGCUAAUGGUCGAUUGUUUUCCUAAAUUAACCGGUGUUUCAGAUUUAUGGAAUAAAGUCCAGACGAUAAUUAAUAAACUUCGUUAUCGUCAACAUGAACUUGAAGAAGAAUUUAUUCGAUUAAAUGAUCAAACAAAAAAUGAUUUAUUACAAGUAAUAAAUAAGGCUGGUGAAGUUUUAGAUGCUGAUUUGGCAUCAUCAUAUAUCGACACAGACGAUUUAGAUCAAUCGAAUAAGGACAAGGAAAAUUAUGAUUUCCAAUUAAACCCAAGAAACAAUCAAUGUUCAUCAAAAUUUAAUUGUUGA